AUAUUGGCGGACUGGGCAAGCACGCAUGCCGACCAUAGCACAUGGCACGGCGAGGCUCUGCGGCGGGCGCGCUCGUGGAUGGUUCCGGCCGGACUCGGCGGGCUGUCUGGACGACUGGCAAUUAGCAGCAUUGGAAACUACAUUCCUCGCAUAAGCCUAGGGGGCAUCAGCACAAUGGCGCCGUGGCGGUGGGGCGGCAGCGCUGCGGACGACGAGAUCGAAGAGGUGGCUGCGGCAACCGGUCUACGGCAUGUUGCAGACGAGAAGCACCAGAUGGCAGACUCCGCGGCCACUGCACGAGACAUUCUCGAUCGUCGACGAUCACCGAUAUGGAAAACUACAAGGCGGGGUCGGAAGGAAAAGACCAGAAUUGCCGAGCUGGUCGUGCAGAGCGAGGGCGCGGAGGGGAAGACUGCAGGCAGGCAGCUCAUGACUGCAUUCCAGAUUCCAGCAUACAUGGUCGAGGAUUUUAUCAUGUCCUCGUAUCGCCCGCUGAGCUUUUCGACAAAAGAAUGCCUCAGGUCGUGGGGAUAUUUGCAUUCCGAGCUUGGCAAUAUCCAUACGCACCUGGUUGGUGCCAUCAUAUUUGUUUGCUUGGCUUUGGUAACGGGCCCGUUGAUUCUGCCAACAGUCGCCCGCAGACGACCAGCCGGUGCGCCUGGCGUAGGAUACAUCGACUACAUAGUCGUGUAUGUGUAUCUGUUUGCUGUCAUGUUCUGCCUGAGCGCGUCAGUGGCGUUCCAUACCUUUGCGUGCCAUUCGAAAUCGCGCCACUUCCACUCACUGCGGUGCGAUUUUAUUGGGAUCCUGAUUCUGAUCGCUGGCUCAUUUGUGCCUCUGCUCUACUACGGGUUCUUCCACUCGCGGCCCAUCCUGAUCGGGUACAUGGUGAUGAUUCUGGGUCUGGCUGUGGCCGGGGUCAUCACAUCGAUUGUUGGCAAGGUCGAGGACCCGAGGCGGCAGGCAUGGCGGCCAGUUAUUUUCAUGGGCAUUGCCAUAUCGGGCCUCAUUCCGAUCAUCCACGGCACCAUUCUGAACGGAUACUACGUGUCGGUGCGUGGCAUGGCGCUGUGGUAUGUGGUCGGCAUGGGCGCACUGUAUGUUGCCGGCACGCUGAUGUAUUCGUUCAAGAUCCCCGAGCGGUACCGGCCAGGCAAACACGACGUGUUCCUGAGCUCGCACCAGAUCUUCCACACGUUUGUCGUGCUAGCAGCACUAAUCCACUACGUUGGUGUUAUCCAAGCGCUGAUGUGGACACACAAUGUGUCGUAGUUUCGCCAUUUGUCUAGUUUGAGUCUGUAAUACUAUUGCAAUAAAAUAUCUAGGGUUC